AUGGCAAAAUCGAUCCUCAUAACCGGCGCGACCGGCAAACAAGGCGGCGCCGUUCUCCGCGCGCUCCUGUCCUCCCCCUCCGCCCACGGACCCUUUACAAUCUACGCUCUAACCCGCAGCUCGCCCUCCUCCCCCGCCGCCGCGAAGCUAUCUUCGCUAUCGCCGAACGUCAAGGUCGUUCAGGGAGAUCUGGAGGACGUGGAAGCUGUGUUCCGGGGCGUCAAGGGCGGGAUUUGGGGCGUCUUCGGCGUGCAGACGCCGAUGGGGAAGGGUGGUGUAGCAAGCGAGGAACGCCAGGGCAAAGCUCUUGUGGACGCGGCGCUCAAGCACGGCGUGCAGCAUUUCGUGUACUCGUCCGUCGAUCGGGGAGGUGACGUUUCCAUCGAGACGCCGACGGACAUCCCACAUUUCAUCAGCAAGCAUAACAUCGAGAAGUACUUGAUUGAGAAGACUGCUGCGGAGGGGAGGAAUGGCGGGAGAAAGAUGGGGUGGACGAUCUUGCGGCCCGUGGCGUUUAUGGAUAAUUUCACGGACGAUUUCAUGGGGAGGGUUUUGCCGACGGCGUGGAGGGAUGUGUUGGGGAAUAAGCCGUUGCAGUUGGUGGCGACGAGGGACAUUGGGAAGUUCGGUGCCAUGGCGCUGCUCGAGCCAGAGGCGUACGAUGGGAAGGCGAUUUCGCUCGCUGGCGACGAGUUGACGUUUAAGCAGAUGAGUAGGACGUUCGAGGACAAGACGGGGAAGAGCGUACCGGUGACGUAUGGGUUCCUGGUCCGCAUCAUAAUGUGGAUGAGCAAGGAGUUUGGAUAUAUGGUCAGAUGGUUUAAGACGGAUGGAUAUGGCGCAAACGUGGCGAAGUGCAAGGCGCAAUUGCCCGAGAUGCUCGAUUUCGGAACGUAUUUGGAGACGGAGAGUGCAUGGAAGAAGAAGUAA